AGUUGGCAAAUUGUAACGUUGAAAACUAUACAAGGAAAGCUCUUGAAUUUAGAGAGAGAGGGAGAGGAGAGAGAGGAGAGAGAGACGGGUGAGUUGCUCGGCCCCAUAUCGACGGAAGCUGAGAAAACUAGGAAUUUUUUACAGUUUUACGAUAAAGAUUUGUAUUUGGAGACAGGCAGAAAGAGUUAAUCUUCAAAAGCAUUAAUAUAAACACCUCACGUAAUUUACUCUUUGCAAUUGCACUCUCUCCUCGCAGGAACUCUGUGAGUGAAUUAUGUUGGUUUAUUAAUGGGCUGCUAUUGUUCGAAGGAAGCUAAAACGCCUGGCUAUGAGGACCCUGCGACUCUUGCUGCUGCAACACCUUUUGCAGUUACUGUGAAUGAAGUAGAAGCCUUGUACGAGCUUUUUAAGAAAUUGAGCAGUUCGAUAAUUGAUGACGGACUUAUCCACAAGGAAGAAUUUCAGCUCGCGCUCUUCAGGAACAAAAAUCAAAGGAAUCUUUUUGCAGACAGGAUUUUUGACUUAUUUGAUGUCAAGCGCAAUGGGGUUAUUGAGUUUGGAGAAUUUGUUCGAUCAUUAGGUGUCUUUCACCCCGAUGCACCUGUAGAAGACAAAAUUUCAUUUGCUUUUAGACUGUAUGAUCUGAGACAAACAGGGUACAUUGAGCGAGAGGAGUUGAAGGAGAUGGUGGUGGCACUUUUGCACGAAUCUGAUCUGGUACUCUCGGAUGAUGUCAUUGAAAUGAUUGUGGAUAAGACAUAUAGUGAUGCAGAUAAGAAAGGUGAUGGGCGGAUUGAUGAAGAAGAGUGGAAGGAAUUUGUGUCGAAGCAUCCGAAUAUGAUAAAGAAUAUGACUCUCCCGUACUUAAAAGAUAUAACAUUAGCGUUUCCUAGCUUUGUGAUGACUUCUGAAGUCGAGGAUUCAGAAAUGUGAGAGUAUUACAUGAAAAAUGCUCAUGUGCCAAGAUAGAAACCUCGAGUUUAAGAUGAAGUUGCGAAGAACUGCUGACGAAUUAAGUCAUUCCUCGAGUUGCAGUCAUUCCAUCCUCAAUGUCUCAACUGGUUCUUCAAAUCUAGGGCUGGCAAAGAUAAGUGUAGUCUGUUCAUAUAUGUGCAGUCACGUUGUCGUUUGGAUCCUUUUUGUUUUCUGUUCUCCCUUUGUAAUGUUUCUCCUACAUCAAAUGUUCCGUGAUAAGAUUUUUCGUAGAGUUAUGUACGGUCCUUCGAUGCGAAAUUGAUUGUUCUAAUUACUUCAAGCAUAAGCAUAGCUAAUAAGUUGAAGAA